GUGUCAGCUCUCAGGAUGUUACAAAGACUACUACUGCAAUCCCAGGAGAAAAAGGACAGAUCAUCACGACUACAAACAUCAGCAAGAUGCAAGUGAUCAGCACUACAAGCAGUACAAGAAACCCACCAUUCACCUCUACGGUGUCACCUACCACAGCUCAAAAGACCACCCCUACACACAAGCUGGGAAGUCCACCAGUCUCCUCUGUUCAAGAGACCACCUCUACAAGCAACCAAGGAAACCCGCCAUCCACCUCUGCGACAUCAACUACUGCAGUUAAAGGGCUCACCCCCACAAACAACACGGGAAACCCACCACCCACCCUCGCAACAUUGCCCCACCUGCCUCAACAGGCCAGCUUUUCAAACAGCUCCAGAGCCUCAACAGCCACCCCUACUACAACCUCCAGCGUGACCCAGAAGAUCAGCCCUCCAGCUAGCGUGGGAAGCUCAGCAGCCACCACUGCUGCAAAUCCUGUCCUCACUCAUAUGAGCAGCCCUCCAACCACCCCAAGAAGUUUAGGGACUACUGUCGCAUCCCCUCCCAGGGUGGAACCUCAGGCAAGCCAGCCGUCGGACCAGUUGACCAGCACCACUGCAAGCACCAGAGCCCCAACGAGCAGCCAUCCCCCUGGGCUGAAGGACUAUGGUGUCUCUUCUCCCACAUCUGUUGCCAAGAAGCCUCACUCUUCUCCCAGUUCUCCAGUCCAUGGACUGGCCUCUUCCACCAAACCUGGAACCAUCAACACUUCUGUUACCCCUUUGAAUGGAUCCAUCUCCCUCACCACUAGUAAAACAUCUCUGUCUUUAUCAUCUGGCAGCAUCAACAAGGUCUCAGAGGCAGCCGCCACGCCGACUGUUGGAGCAGACCAAAGAAGCCGUGACGGCAGAACUGCAUCAACCAAACCUGCAAGUGCUGACCAGAGCCCUGCCCAUGCACAGCCAUCAGCCCCAGCCCCGUGGGACCAGACGGCGAGCAGCAGUCCUGGCCACCAGCACCCUAACGUUUCUUUCCCAAAUAAGGUCAUCUGUAAAGACCAGGUGCAAAAUAAUUGGCCCACCAUAUAUCUGAAAGAAGCUAAAACCUGUGCCGAGUGGAAGACCACCAGCGACAACAUCUCCUUCUUCGAGAGCUUCUGCUCAACGGGCCAGCACGCUUUCAACGCCAGCAGGGAAACGUGCACAGUGACACUGGCCUCCCAUGAGCCCCGCUCCCAGCGCUGGGCCGUGUGGGCGGUUGUGCACCUCCCUUUAGACCCUGAAAAAGUCCUCGAGGAGCUGAAGGAGAAGAAGGACAAGUUAGAGAAGCUUGGCAUCACCAACAUCACCUAUGACAAAAUGGAGAGGGAGAUGGUAAUCAACGAUGAGUUCAGCACACCCCUGAUCAUCACCAUCGUCACUCUGGCUGGCUCCCUGCUGCUGAUCGCAGCCAUCUACGGCUGUUGCCACCAGCGCUUCUCCCAAAAGAAGGACCAGCACAUCCACCCUGAUCUCCCCGGGUUUGAUGAUGGACAUGUGGCCCUGAUCUUUAAUCAGCGCCUGACUGAGGAGCUGCAGACAAUGGAGAACGGCUACCAUGAUAACCCCACGCUGGAAGUGAUGGAGACCUCCUCUGAAAUGCAGGAGAAGAAGGUGAACCUCAAUGGCGAGCUGGGGGACAGCUGGAUUGUUCCUCUUGACACCCUCAUGAAGGAGGACCUGGAGGAAGAGGAGGACACGCAUUUAUAG